CAAUUAUAAGAAAAGAUAAACUAGAAGAACAAGUAGUCAGGAAAUAUUACACCCGUUUAUUUAACGGCUGAAAUAUAAUAAAAUAAUAGACUUAAGUCAGAAAAAUAAGCCUGAAAACUUAACUUUAGAUAGAAAUAUAUAUUUAAAAGUAAAAGGUGUAUGAAAGCGGCGCGAUCUAAUGUCAAUAACCCUAUUACGAGGUGGAAAACAAAAGACGAAAUCUUAUGUAGGAAUGACCGUGAUGGCCAAAACUUCAAUAGCUGAAAUAUGUGAGAAUGCGAAGUUAGCGCGCGACAUGGCGUACACCGGCAACUAUGAUUCUGCCUGCAUAUACUAUGAAGGAUUGGGUGGUUUACUAGACCGAAUGGUUAAAUCCACAAAUGACGCACUUCGCAAAAGCAAGUGGAAAUUGAUCGCACAGCAGAUUGAAAAGGAAUACUCCCAGAUUAAAGCCAUACAGCGAACUUUAUCAGAAAUGACACUCGAUUUGCAGAAUACACCGUUUGCACAUAAAUUAAAGACACAAGUUAGCGAAGACGAAACAAAAGAUCCUUCUGCGUGGUUCCGACCGGAUCCGGAUAUUUGGACGCCUCCUCCUAAGGAUCCAGAUGUUUGGGGACCACCACGAUCAGAAAAACCCGCAGUUCCUAAUCGGGGACGUAGCGGAAUACCAAAUAAAAAACUUACCAGCGCUGUAGGCAAAAGCAUAAUACCACAACGUAAUAAUAAUGGAGGUGCAGUUACAAGCAGACGUACUAUAGCUGGGAGUAGUGGCAGCACUGCACGAUCGCAGGUAAAUGGGCGAUCUACUUCGUCAACGUCCAACAAAAAAACGGCAUAUUCAAGCAAUGGUGUUGGUAGCAAUUUGAAUACUGGCACCGAUAAUGGUGGCACCAAAGACGAGGAAAGUCGAGAUGACGAGACAGCGGAUAUGGAAGAAAGAGAGGAAAAAAAGUUUCAACCAAGUAGUCACAUGGAAGCAGAGCUGGUGGAUAUACUUGAGCGUGAUAUACUACAGCGAAAUCCGAAAGUUCGUUGGAACGACAUAGCCGAUCUGCACGAUGCCAAACGCUUACUAGAAGAAGCAGUUGUGUUACCUAUGUUAAUGCCCGAUUACUUCAAGGGUAUUCGGCGCCCAUGGAAGGGUGUACUGAUGGUUGGUCCACCCGGAACCGGUAAAACUAUGUUGGCUAAAGCUGUAGCAACAGAAUGUGGCACAACAUUUUUCAAUGUAUCAUCUUCAACGCUUACCUCUAAAUAUCGGGGAGAAUCGGAGAAAAUGGUGAGGUUAUUAUUUGAAAUGGCGCGAUUCUAUGCGCCAAGCACAAUUUUUAUCGAUGAAAUCGAUUCGCUCUGUUCACGUCGUGGUUCUGAGUCGGAACAUGAAGCCUCACGCCGUGUAAAAUCAGAGCUUUUGGUGCAAAUGGAUGGUGUUGGCAGCGAAGAGGCUACAAAGGUUGUCAUGGUAUUAGCUGCUACUAAUUUUCCAUGGGAUAUAGAUGAAGCGCUGCGACGUCGUUUAGAAAAACGCAUUUAUAUACCGUUACCAACGGAUGAGGGUCGUGAAGCAUUAUUGAAGAUUAAUUUACGUGAGGUGAAAGUGGACGAAAGCGUGAAUCUGUCUGAAAUUGCCAAGAAACUAGAUGGUUAUUCUGGUGCUGAUAUCACCAAUGUUUGCCGAGAUGCUAGUAUGAUGUCAAUGCGUCGAAAGAUUGCUGGACUUACGCCAGAGCAAAUACGGCAGUUGGCUACGGAGGAAGUUGAUCUUCCAGUUUCGAACCAAGAUUUCGCUGAAGCUAUAAGUCGCUGCAAUAAGAGUGUAUCUAAAUCUGAUUUGGAGAAAUACGAAAAAUGGAUGAACGAAUUUGGGUCGUCAUGAUGACGGAAGUAUUAUCGCAUUUGCUUUUAAUUUACAAAUAAAUAUAUAAUUUCGAAGUUGGAAAAGUCUACGUUUAGCCAAAAAAUGGCUGUAAUUGAAUUGAUUUUGAAUAGCAUAGCUAGCAAAGUGUUGAAUAACUUUUAUAAUAUUCGAAAUUAAGCAUCAAUAAAGAGAUCAAUUUUGUAAAAUCUAAAAUUAAUACGACUAAUAAUCAAAUUUAUUAACGAAUAAAAACUUCAAUUGAAAUCUUAAA